CGAUUUUUAUCUUUACAGGAUAUCACAUGUUCAUGACCACAUUUGCAAAAGCAGAACACUUUCAGAGCAGUGUGUUUCACUUGAAGUAACAACAACUAAUAUUCUCACGUUUAACUCCAGCAGACUGAAUGUCAUCUUAUGGCAAUAUGAACAUUCCCUCCUUUACACAUGGGAUGGACAGAGAAGAUGAAGAAGAGAUGAAUAUCUAUGCUAAUGUUGAUCCUAUAAACAGUUUUGGUGUCAGGACAGAAACAGAAAACUCCAAGAGACACCAAACUCCUCAACACACAGAAAUAGCUUGUGUGAAGAUCAGAAGCUCCAGAGCAGCUGCAGUGUGUUUGGUGCUGCUGUGUGUUCUUCUGCUGACUGCAGUCAUAGUGCUGGGUGUAUACAUCCAUACAAAGAGCACCAACUACACAGAAGAGGGAGCUCAGCUACUAACCAAAAAUACCAACCUUACUGAGGAGAGAGGCCAACUACUAACCAAUAUCACCAACCUCACAGAAGAGAGAGACCAGCUACUAAAGCUACUAACCAAAAAUACCAACCUUACUGAGGAGAGAGGCCAACUACUAACCAAUAUCACCAACCUCACAGAAGAGAGAGACCAGCUACUAAAGCUACUAACCAAAAAUACCAACCUUACUGAGGAGAGAGGCCAACUACUAACCAAUAUCACCAACCUCACAGAAGAGAGAGACCAGCUACUAAAGCUACUAACCAAAAAUACCAACCUUACUGAGGAGAGAGGCCAACUACUAACCAAUAUCACCAACCUCACAGAAGAGAGAGACCAGCUACUAAAGCUACUAACCAAAAAUACCAACCUUACUGAGGAGAGAGGCCAACUACUAACCAAUAUCACCAACCUUACUGAGGAGAGAGGCCAACUACUAACCAAUAUCACCAACCUCACAGAAGAGAGAGACCAGCUACUAACUAAGACCAUCCAAUUGACUAAAGAGAGAGAUGUAUUAUCAUUAAAUAAAUGUGAUCUGAUUAAACAAAGAGACCAGUUAAAACAAGAGAAAAAUGAACAGUCUAAAAGUCUUUGUGAAAAGGUUGGAUGGACGUGCUAUGAAUCCAUUUAUUACUAUGUUUCUUCUGAGGUGAAGAACUGGACUGAGAGCAGAAGAUACUGUACAGACAGAGGAGCAGAUCUGAUCAUCAUAAACAACAAAGCGGAACAAGACUUUGUUAAAAGAAUAUCUGGUGGUGCUGCAGUCUGGAUUGGUCUGACUGACAGUGAUGUGGAGGGCACAUGGAAAUGGGUUGAUGGCAGCAGACUGACCUCUGGGUUCUGGGAUCCUCGAGAGCCCAAUGGAGAUAGACGAGAAAACUGUGUUCUAAAUUAUUCACCAGGAUGGGCUGAUUACCCAUGUGAUGAUACUCAUUAUUGGAUCUGUAUGGGCAUUUUAAAAUAAAUCAUGAACUGCAGGUUUAUGUAAUGAAAAUGAGAGAGAAAUAGAAAGCAAGGAAUUAUUUAGAAGACAUGCUCAGAAUGAAGCAACUGCUGCCAGUUUUCUGUUUGUAUUGUACUUUUUAAAAUUAAAGG